AUAAAUCACAAAACUUUUUUUAAUCCUUGGGAGAGAUAAAAGAGAAAACUACGUGCCUUUUUUAAAGAGAAGAAGUAGGAUUUUGUUUUAGUUAUUAAAAUUUUAGUUAAAAUUAUUAAUUGAAUUAUUUCCAUUUUCAAAGUCUACGUUCUUCUUAGUUCUUACCUUUAGAGCAGUGGUAAUACCCGCAACGCCCCACGGCGUGAGGGGGCGUUUAACGCCCCGGCGGCGUUAAACACCGCCCCCCUCUGGGCGUGAUCGCCACUGCGUCAAAGGAAUGACGCGGCGUCAUUCCACUCCCCUCCCCCUCCCAACGGCUUUAUAGCCGUUUGCACCCAUUUUAAAAAAAAAAAUUAUUUUUUUUCUUAUAAAUUCAACCCCCCUCUCAAUCUCUCACACUUUCUCAUCUCAAUCUCUUCUUCUUCCCAUUUUAAAAUUCGAAAUUACUCUCUUUCUAUUCAACAUGAAUCCUUCCGGCUCCGGCUUCGUUCCCGACAAUCUCCCCCCGAGUGACGCCGCGAUGUGGUUCUACCAAGAGUGGAGCGAUCGACCGCCGAUAUACGAGACACAACAAUCGGGGUACGUCGACCGAGAUUCGGUUCCGGAGACUCAACCGGAACUGUCCGGAUCGAAAAAAAGUACACGCCGGAGGAGCCACAAAGCCAAAAGCACGUUGACCGAUGCGGCACGGUCAAUCCAAAAGUGGACGCCGGAGGAGGAGUGCAUAUUGGCGUGGGCUUGGGUUGACGUCUUCGAGCAUCCUAUCAUUGGUACGGAGCAAACGAAGGAUGCGAUGUGGGAUCAUAUCGAGGAGAAGUUCUUCACGGCGAUGAAGAAGGACGGCUCCUACCGAACCCGUGACCAACUCACUUCCAAAUGGAGCCACAUCAACAAAAAAGUACGAAAGGGAGUAUACGAGGAAUGCUUCCGGUCCCGGAGGAGCAGCAUGAACGACGCCGAUGUUCUCCGGCUUGCCACGACCCGGUAUCAAGACGACGGGAACCAAGGCAAGGUGCCCAUCGAUCUUUGGGGGAUUUUGAGUCGUUCCCCGAAGUGGCAACAACUCAACAAUCCCGACGGCGUAUCAUUCCGGAAAAGAUCCACCGUCGACGCCGAGGUUGAGGUCGACGAGACCAUCGGUUCUACCGAUCAAAUCCCUUCCUUCAACGUUGCGGCUUCCGAUGACGAGGACCCCAUUCCACGGCCGAUCGGAAGAAAGAAGGCAAAAUCCAUUGCCUCUGGUUCGGGAGGGUCCGCCUCUAUUUCCGCUUCUCCCUGCGACGAAAUCGGCCGGGCAAUGGUUGAACAACUUCGGGCGUUCAAUCUCCAAGAACAAGAGAGGUUGAAGCUUAAAGAGAAGAAGUUGAAGCUAAAGGAGCAGGAGGCCGAGAUGAAAGUCAUGCAAACCGACCCCGGGACGUUGUCGGAGUUUGGACGAAUUAUCUACGAGCAAAGAAUGAGAGAGAUCAAGGAGAAAUAUAAUUUACCUUAGUUUUUUUUAUUAAUGCCCACCCAUUAGCAAGUUCAAUAAAUGCAAUAGAACAAGGCCUCUAAAGUAUAGGGGCUCAUAUUUUUUAUACCUCUAGCCCAAUUAUAAUUAUAAGUUACAAGCCCAUUACCCUAAUUACCUAAUACUUCGUAAAUUACUAAAUCAACAUCAGUCGUUCCAAGACUCAUCGGUUCCUCCGAUCCAUGCUGGCCGCUGUCUAACGGAACACUCAUAGACUUCAACGCUGAGAAUCUCCCUCCUUAUCUUCCCAAUUGCGAUCCCUCCUCCUUUAAUACACUAAAUAAGCCAUCUUCCUUUGCCAAUUAACUCCUCAAUUUUUUUUGAAUUAGAGAAAGUGGUUGAAGGCUAUAGCUCAUCAUUCUUCAAAGAUAUCAAGAUUUGGAAUUACUCUCUUCAUCCUGAUUUUUUUGCUUCUUCCUAAAUUUUAUUCUAAUAUGCCUCCUAAAAUAUGAAAAUAUGAAUCAGUAAAAAGAAAAAAAGGAUUGAAGAUUUAAUAGAAUCUCAAAAAUGAGUCCUUCAUAAAUUUCUUUUUUAGUAGUUUGUAUAAUUCAAAGUGUAAAAAAAGAGUGUUGUAAUAU